CUUCCGGCGCAGGUACGGGUCGGCGCACGCGGUAGUGGCUGGUUAACUUUGUGGGGCCAUGGAGGGUGGCUUCGGCUCGGAUUUCGGGGGCUCGGGCGGCGGCAAGCUGGACCCGGGGCUCAUCAUGGAGCAGGUGAAGGUGCAGAUCGCUGUGGCCAACGCGCAGGAGCUGCUGCAGAGGAUGACAGACAAAUGCUUCCGGAAGUGCAUCGGGAAGCCUGGGGGCUCCCUGGACAAUUCGGAACAGAAAUGCAUCGCCAUGUGCAUGGAUCGCUACAUGGAUGCCUGGAACACCGUAUCCCGCGCCUACAACUCGCGGCUGCAGCGAGAACGAGCCAACAUGUGACCAGGAUUUUCUGGGCCUGGCCAGGCCAGCGGGCCAUCCCCACCCGUGUUCGAUUUCCAUAAAUGUGCUUUGUGAGGUGGGGGCCGGCGUGUGCGUGCUGCCUGCCUCUGGUUUAUGAGGACGAGACUGGUGCUGGGACACUGGGGAUUCUUACCCGCCCCCCUGCGUCCAACCCACCUCCUGCCAGCGAGUGUAGUUGGGAACUUGGGGGCUGUGGACCUUUCCAAAGUGCUGGCAGCCCAGUGGCAUCUCCCUUGGUGUGCCCGGGUCAUCCUCAAGCCCUGGCCAUAGAAUUCUCCUGUGGACCUGGGGGUGGGGUGGGUAUUGUUAGAUCCCACCCGAGCUGUGACCUCACGGGGGUGGGCUGAGAAAUAAAUUGAUGAAGGAGGGCUA